AUGAACGGAAGCCAUAUUUGCACAACAUGCCGCCGAAAAAUAUCCGCAAAGGCAUUCCAGAAAUAUCCGUCAACCCAAUGGAUCUCUCGAGCAACUUUUAUUUCUCUCAGUGCGCCCCAGGUUCCGAAACCCACGCCUUCGGAACGUCCUCCUCACAAAAAUGAAGACUCAAACACCAGCAACAGGCCGAGGUGGUCUAACAAUGUGCCAAAUGUCGAGGCGUCUCGAGCUAAGGCGCAUGGAGAUUUAUUAGAGGAGCUUUUCGUGGAUGGGUUGAAUAGAACAUCUGGAAACGGGGCCACAGCAACACUCAGACCCAACACCGCCAGUUUGGAACUAUACGAACAAGUUGAGAAGUUGAUGGAAAUGCUCAACAAUCCAAGUACGCCAAUCCCAGCUAUGUGGGCUUUGUUCACACAGAUUUGCCCCAAGGCUCGUCCGAAGGGGUCUCAAACUCCAUAUUCAUUACACUUUGCCGCCAAAUCCCUUCUUCGCAAGCUUCUGACAGCUCGACAACAAUCUGACGUUGCAUCGGGGAUACCAGGCGUGAGCGAGAUCGCCAAAACCUACGCAUCUCUAGGCAUACUUGAACCUAAAGUGUGGAAGCCGAUGUUGGAAACAUUCUUUACCAAAGAAUCCGCCGAAAAGCUCCAUGUUGAUGGGGAUAGAAUCGCCGAAGACCUCCUCGAAACCUGGCGGAUAAUACUUUCCCUUGGCCAUAACUCCAGCAAGGCAUUUAUUGAUAUCGAACCCAGAGCCAAGUGGAGUCCUCCAGCACUUAAUCCUGCAAGAGUUAGAAGAGCUAUGCUAGAGAGGGGAAUAGAGCAGUGUUUUGCUUUAUUACUACCAAAAUCUCGUAAUAAGCUCUUCCAUGGCUUGCCCGCGAGUGCUAUUAUCACAUGUGCUAUGUUAACUGACAGUCGGCUGAGCCACCCCAUCCGAUCUGCGGCAAAUCAUCCUUUUAUCAAAGCAAUUGCAGAAGUGAUAGCAAUGGCACAAAUCACGGCGGGUGAAUUGGACCAAUAUGUUCGAACGCAAAACGUAUCCCACAGUGUGGAUCUCAACGAUAGGUGGCCAUCUAUCAUCGAGCAAGCCAGAAGCAUUGCCAAUACCCCUGCCCCUUCUAUGGAAAUACCCAGGGGCGGCACAGAUAAGACGUUUCGACGACUCGUCACAAAUAAAGAAACCCGCGUGUUUCGACUUCUACAUCGUGCGUUGGCUGCAAGAGACCUUGAUACUGCUGAGAAGCUGUGGUCAGAGGUUCAAUCGUGGCCAGUGGAAAAUAAUGGGAAUAAAGGGCAUAACAUCUUAACAACUGCGCUGAAGUCAUCAGCACCAUCUGCAGAAUUAUGUAACCAGUUCAUUUCUACCUUCAUGGCGCUUUACAAAGAGAGGGCUGUUGAUGUGUGGAAUUUUAUGAUCCAAUCCGGUUUGCGUCCUACAGUUCUGACAUGGCAUGCAAUGCUUGAAGGAUGCAAAACCUCGAGAGACUCACAGUCGCUCUUGGCGAUUUGGUCUAAAUUGAUCGACUCGGAUACAGCUCCCGAUGUAGAAUGCUGGACUACCCUAAUAAGUGGGCUUAUGUACUGUGGAGAUCUUGAGGGUGGCCUCCGUGCAUUCGUCGAAAUGCGCAAAGUUUGGGAAAAGGCGGCGAAGCGGCAUGUUGCUCAAGCAGGGCAGUCUAUCGAUAUCAAAAGCCUUGGCGAUGUCAAUGGAGUCGUCAAACCGACAAUAGCUAUCAUCAACGCUACGAUUGCGGGGUUGUUAAGGAAGAACAGAACUGAUAUUGCCAGCCAAGUCCUUGCAACAGGUGGAGAAAUGGGGAUCACGCCCGACAACAUUACCUACAAUACCAUGCUACGAUCGCUGGUACGGAAUAAGGACGACCGAGCUAUAACAAAUUUGCUGGGGCAAAUGCAGACCCAGGGAGUGCAAGGCGAUGUAGCUACCUUUACAAUCAUCCUUGAGAACGCUCUUUCAGACGCCAAAAACCAGUCUCCUCAAGAGCUUAUUGAAAUUAUAAAUAACCUCUUUGCUCAAAUGGACGCAUCGGCAGUAAAGCCAAAUCAGCAGACAUAUGCUGCAAUCAUCAACAGCGUACUCAGGCGUGCUUCCGACUUCGAAUUUGUGGCUCCUGUCAAUUUUGUUAUGGCACAUAUGUCGAAGAAAGGCUUGCAGCCGUCUGCGCACAUUCAUACCAUGCUUGUUGACUUUUAUUUCAAGCAGAGCGAGCCCAAACUAGAUUUGAUUGGCCUGCUCCUAGACCAAAUGAUAAAGGGGAAUGCAAUGAGGGACCACAUCUUCUGGGACCGGGUUAUCGAAGGGUACUGCUAUGUUGGCGAUACCGUCCGUGCCCUGCAGUACCUUCGGCAGACACAAAAGGAAGGGUUUAUGGCAGGGUACCAAGCGCUUGACAUGCUGAUCCACUCACUGGUUCGGAACAACGAGGUUGGCCUAGCCAAGGAGUUGGUCAAAAAUACGAGGGUUCAACGUGGUGGACCGCCAGAACCUGAUGCUCGCGGCGUCGAUGGUCAGCAUCAGUUUUGGAAUAGUGCAGCUGAGAUGGGGCUCAUGGAAGAGUUGUCGGUUUAG